AAUCAAGCAAUACUUUUAAUAAACAAACAUGGCGGCGCCCGUGUCCUUCAAUAUCGAAACUGUCAAACAAAAGUUCAAUGAGCUUAUAGAAUUUGUAAAAUUACUGGCUCAAAAACCAACUGAUGUUAUAGAUGUACCAGAUAAUGAAAUCUUGCAAAAUUUUUCUAGCCAAGCUACUCGUGAAACUGCGGACUCUGUAGCUAGGCGUGAACUUGUCGCUAAACUGAUUUCAUCAGGCAUCGGUUUAGCAGCGUCAAUAGCUUUAACAUACUUUGCUGUAAAUUACAUGACAAAUGCCAUGGACCCUACUAGAAAAGAAAAACAGAAGUCAAGAGAAAGGGCUGAAGCAAUGUUAAGACAGCUGGGAGUGAAGGAUGUGAAGCUGACAGAUUAUGAGUUGUGUAUAGCAGCAAACUUGGUUGAUCCGUUGUCAAUGACUGUAUCAUGGGAAGAUAUCGGGGGUCUAGAGGAAACUAUAGAACAAAUACAAGACAUGGUUAUUUUUCCCUUCAGGAGGAGAGAUUUAUUUCCAAGGUCAAGACUAGUUCAACCACCUAAAGGUGUGUUAUUGUAUGGACCACCUGGUUGUGGGAAAACAAUGAUUGCUAAAGCUACAGCAAAAGCUGCUGGUGCAAGAUUUAUCAACCUUCAAGUUUCAUCACUGGUAGAUAAAUGGUAUGGCGAGUCACAGAAACGAGCUGAAGCUGUAUUCUCAUUGGCAUUGAAACUUCAGCCAUCUAUCAUAUUUAUAGAUGAGAUAGAUUCAUUCCUGAGAGUAAGAUCAUCAAACGAUCAUGAGGCAACAUUGAUGAUCAAGACACAGUUUAUGAGUUUCUGGGAUGGUCUAAUAACAGAUCCAUCAUGUCAGGUUAUCAUUAUGGGAGCCACAAACCGACCACAAGAUGUUGAUGCUGCUAUAUUGAGAAGAAUGCCCUGUACUUUUAAAAUUGGAAUGCCUGGUAGACAACAAAGACGUGGAAUAUUGUCUCUCCUCAUGGAAGAUGAAGAAGUAGAUGCUGAUAUAGAUUAUUCUAGACUAGGGGACAUAACUGAGGGGUUUUCAGGCAGUGAUCUUAAAGAAGCCUGUAGAGUUGCUGCCCUUAACAGAGUACAUAGUUAUGUUAGUGCUGCUAGAUCACAGUAUGGUGAUAAUUACUGUGAGAGAAUUGAUGGACCAAUGAGGAAUAUUAAUGUACAGGAUCUGGAAGUUGGGAUCAACAAAAUACGUAUAUCUAAACAGACAAUGACUGACUCUAUAUCAAAUAUACAGCUGGAUUAACUAUAGUGAAGAUAUACUCAGUGACUUGUGUAAUAUACAGCAAUUAAUUCUGUGCCAAUCAAUCAACAAUAUUACAUUAUUGUAUCAUAAACUGUAAUUAUUUGAGCUUAUAUGUUCGAUUGUUUACUCAUCAUUAGACCAUUACUAAACAUUUUAUCAUUUUUAGAUGUACUUAUUUUACAUAGAGGAUAUUUGAUUGUUUUGCAUGAAAGAUUGAAAUAGUUUCCACUGAGUGAGCACCAGAUGCAAUAUUUCUAAAUAGAAUAGCUGGUGUUCACGAAUGAAAUAUAUUUCAAUCUUAUAAAACAAAUAAAUUUUCUUUUUAUUUCAUACUUUUUAAGUGAUUUUAAGUACUUUUUACUGAUUUUGCCGAACCGCCUCCGUGGUCGAGGGGUUAGAGUCGAUGACUUCUAAUCCAGUUACCUCUCUGGCGUGGGUUCGAUCCCCGGGAGAUGCUUUGGUAGUUUAGCGCGGAGGAAGGUAGUUUAGUACUGGUGUAACUCUCCAGGAACGAUGGUUAGGAAACUACCCGCCUAUAUGACUGAAAUACUGUUGAAAAAGGCGUAAAAUGAAACAAACAAACAAACUGAUUUUGCCGCGUAACGUCGGGCAUUCUCCUUUAUGACGUUAUCACAUUAUGACAUCAUGUUUGAAAUAUAGUUCUGUUAAAUUUCUCUAAUUUUGUUACAUUUUUUACAUGAUGAAUGAUGACAUCGACUUUCUUUUCCUAAAGAAGUAAAAUUUACGUAGGACGUUAUAUUUUUUUGUAUGACUGUAUAUUUUUUUGCUUGUUAUUCCAUUUAGUUUUGAUAUUCUUUUCAUCCACAUUCAGAUAUAGUCUGGCUACAGUGAAAAUAAUAUUUUAUAAAUUUCACUAGUGGUUUAUUAGAAUAUAUAUUGAUAUAUUACAGUAAAACACCGGAAAACAUGAAAUAAUAUAUAUCUAAACUGAUUAAGGCUUCAUAAUAUGAUACAGCAUAAUAUCAUUAGUUAACUUGUACCAUAAUAAAUGUCUGACAUGAAAUUCUCCAUCUUUUAAUCUUGACAAGGCCAUUCAUUGUUUUUUUGUGAAAAUUAAAAGUCAAGUACUAUCUGGAUAGUGAACAGUGCAGACCAAGAUCAGACUGCAGGGAUGUGUCAGCUUAACUGUAGUUAGUUAGAGAAAAUAUCUAAUUUUGCUGUAAUUUACAGCAUGGAUUAUUAACCUUUAAUUUUCUUAUGAACACAUUUCAUUCAUAAAAGGCACACAGAAUUAUGUAUUUUAAAGCAUGUGACCUGUCUUGCACAGAGGGUGUUAGACAGGGUUUUCUAGCACUGGUGUAGACAAUCUUGCCUGAUAUACAAGAAACUCAUGUAUUCAAUUUUAACUUCUGACAACAAGUAAAGUUUGGUAGAUUAUUGUUUGCUCCUACGCUCCUACAUAUAGAUAUAAUCACUUCCAGGCACCACUUAUGCUUGCUUUUACAUACUAGGUGUGGCAUUCUAAAUUAUCAUAUAACUUUGUAAUCGUGAGCUUAUCAAAUAAGAUUAUAUAAUUAUCAUCCAAUGACAAUCUUAAAUGUCAGACAGUCUGUCUCCCACAAAUAGUAAAAAAGUGAGACAUAUUAGAACACAAGAAUACUAGAAUGUCCCAAUACUAGAACAUUUAAACUAUCUGCUUAAUCAGGUAAAUAUAGCAAUCAAAAAGUCAGGCGUUAUUUUAUUUUCAGUUUCUUUAUAUACAUAAAUAUAUAAUGUUGACCUAACUGACCAAUAUAGGAAGACAAUCGGAAAUCUGUGGAAAAAUAACUUAAAAACAUAACAACUUUUCGUGGUAAACACUUCUGAAAACGUGGCAAAUGGCAAACAAUGCCACUGUGGGUUUCCCUCAAUGUCAUUUCAUCACUUGUUUUGUCUGAUUUGUAUGUAUAAUAAAUGAUGGAGAAGAAGGCCAAUAGGUCAAAAGCUAAGUAAAUUCAAAUUAGCAUUUAAAUUAUAAUAAUGUAUGUAAACAAUGUGUACUGUUUCUUAAAUUCAUUCCAUUUAUAGUGUGAUGUAAGAUGAUUUUUUUUGUAACAUUUUUUAUCAUUAUAUUUAAACCUUUAAUUCCAUUUUUACUUGACAUCACCUGAAAGUUUUCUUGUAUAUAACAGUGUUGUUGUAGU